GCUAAUGUUCCUACGCCCACUCACUUCGUUAUUUUAUUUACAGAAUACAUCCAAAAGAGAGAGAAAGGAAGAGGGAUCUCAUCUGCGCUGCACCGUCGACCCAAACCUCAAUCAGUUCAAUUAUUUCAUCUAUCACUGCCUCAAUCAUACGCGCUGUGCAGAAUGAGCGGAGCCGUUCUUGUUGCCCUCGCUGCUGCUAUUGGCAAUUUCCUGCAAGGAUGGGAUAAUGCUACCAUCGCAGGAUCUAUUUUGUACAUUAAGAGGGAGUUCAAGUUGGAAAGUGAACCCACAAUCGAAGGUCUAAUUGUGGCUAUGUCGCUUAUUGGAGCCACUGUGGUUACCACGUGCUCCGGGUCCCUGUCAGACUGGCUAGGCCGACGACCUAUGUUGAUUAUCUCCUCCCUGCUUUAUUUUCUUAGCUCUCUCGUCAUGUUGUGGUCCCCAACUGUCUAUAUUCUCCUCUUUGCAAGGCUUUUAGAUGGAUUGGGCAUUGGUUUGGCAGUGACCUUGGUACCUCUUUACAUAUCCGAGACUGCUCCAACUGAGAUUAGGGGAUUACUAAAUACCCUUCCUCAGUUUACUGGUUCUGCUGGAAUGUUCUUUUCCUACAUAAUGGUGUUUGCUAUGUCCCUUACCAACGCCCCAAGCUGGAGACUCAUGUUGGGUGUUCUUUCAAUUCCCUCUCUUAUUUACUUUGCACUCACACUAUUCUUCUUGCCCGAAUCACCAAGAUGGCUUGUCAGUAAAGGCCGGAUGCUGGAGGCCAAGAAGGUUUUGCAGAGACUUCGUGGCAGGGAAGAUGUCACUGGUGAGAUGGCUUUACUUGUUGAGGGUCUCGGAGUUGGGGGUGAUACCGCAAUAGAAGAGUACAUAAUUGGUCCAGCCAAUGAAUUCAGUAAUGCAGAGGAUCCUUCAGCUGCAAAUGAGCAGAUCAAAUUGUAUGGGACGGCAGAAGGUCUAUCUUGGAUUGCUAAACCUGUCACUGGACAAAGUUCCAUUGGCCUUUUAUCUCGGAAGGGAAGCAUUAUUGCAAAUCCAAGUGGUCUGGUGGACCCUCUUGUUAAGCUCUUUGGUAGUGUCCACGAGAAGUUCCCAGAAGCAGGAAGCAUGCGUGGAAGCGCACUUUUUCCACACUUUGGAAGCAUGUUUAGUGUGGGGGGAAAUCAACUUAGGAAUGAAGAUUGGGAUGAAGAAAGCGCUGCCAGGGAGGGUGAUGAUUAUGUCUCUGAUGCUGNUGCCGAUGAUUCUGAUGACAAUUUGCAGAGUCCAUUGAUCUCACGACAAGCAACANGUGUGGAUAGGGACAUGGCUGCUCCCACGNAGGGUAGCAUGAGGCAAGGUAGUCUUGUGCAAGGAGAAGCUGCUGGAAACACAGGGAUUGGUGGUGGAUGGCAGCUGGCAUGGAAAUGGUCUGAAAAAGAUGGCGUUGUCAAGAGAAUAUAUUUACACGAAGAAGGUGGUCCUGGAUCGAGACGUGGGUCUCUCAUCUCCCUUCCAGGUGGUGAUGCACCGACCCUAACGGAUGGUGAGAUUGUUCAGGCUGCUGCCCUGGUGAGUCAGUCAGCCCUUUAUAACAAGGANCUUAUGCAUCAGCAGCCAGUUGGACCAGCUAUGAUCCAUCCAUCCGAAACAGCUGCAAAAGGACCAAGUUGGAGUGAUCUUUUUGAGCCUGGAGUGAAGCAUGCACUGAUUGUGGGGGUGGGGAUUCAAAUUCUUCAACAGUUCUCUGGUAUNAAUGGUGUGCUCUACUAUACACCUCAAAUUCUUGAGCAAGCAGGUGUUGGGUAUCUUCUUUCAAACCUGGGCCUUGGUUCUNNUUCUGCGUCUUUUCUUAUUAGUUGUGUGACAACCUUGUUAAUGUUACCUUGUAUAGCUGUGGCCAUGAGGCUCAUGGAUAUAUCUGGNAGAAGGUAUGCAUCUUUCUCUUCUAACUUUUUGUUGGAUCUUCUUGUUUAAAUGAUAAGAUUUGUUUCAAUUGGUGGAUGUAUCCUGGCGAUGAUUUUUAAAUGGAUAAACUCUUCAAAUUUCAUUUUUUCCUGUACGUUAUUUGCUAUAUUUUGCAAUCUAUGGUGCUAUUUCAACAACAAUUGCGUUUGAAAUUACAACUAUUGCAAAGUUCUCUGAAACAAAAGCAAAAUUACAGCGAGCACGGCAGUAAAUGUUGGGUAAUGAUGUUUCAACGAGAGAGAAAGCUAUAUGUGUUAAUGAUAAGAAUGCCGGGGGUGAAUGAACUGACAUAUAAGAAAGCAUAAGAAUAGGAGUGCUUUUAUCCUGGAAAAUGUUAAAGUUAGCAUCCAUAGAUAUAGAAACUCAUUCAAACUAGGAUGUUCGAAGUAAAACUUAGGAAAACAUAAGCAGUGGAUAUAAGAUUUUCAUUU